ACACAGUCACAAACUCACAAGCAACCACCUUGCAUAGUUCUUAGCCUCAUGGAAUUCAACCCCUACCCUGCAUUUUCUGCUCUGUGAAGAGAGAGAAGAUUAGAGGGCUUCGGUGCUCUUCUCAGGCUGUAAGUCAAGGAGUGAGAACAAGAAUGCCUUCUUCGAAGUUGGGUUGUUGAGGUCUUCUGAAGAAGUAUUACAGUGGGUCAGCGUGUGUUCCUUCAGUUCUCUCAUAAUUUCGUCUUCCUUUCCUCGUGUUGUCUUUGUCCUCUCUUUCUGUGUCCCUGUACUCUCUUGUUAUGGAGUCCUCCCAGUUUACUGGGGAUAAUGCUGAAGAGUGCAACAGUAACGAAUCUGGGUGGACGAUGUACCUGGGCUCCCCAGUGAAUAGUGAUGAUCUCAAAGCCAAUGACAGCAAAGGGAGUAAUGUUGGCCGUGGUUGUAGCAAUGAUAGAAGCAAAAACGACAACACGGAUUAUGAUGAUGGAGAUUAUGAUUCGUUAGCUUCCGAUGCUUCCACAGGACCAGCACAAGUGAAGGUGCUUAAUGACAAAGAAAAGAAAAUUCAUGAGAAAAGAGACAAUUCCAUACAUGAACAGGAUAGUGAUGAGCAAGAUGAGAUACGUACCAAGCUCCCUAACAGCUGUGAAAAAAAAGCAGGCAAGAUGAAAAAAGGAGAAGAGAAGACCACUAGAAGGGGCCACAACAAGAGACGUAGUAGUUCUUCACGAACAAGCUUCUUUAGGUAACUGUUGUAAAACCCUUGUAGAUGUCUCUCCACCAUUUAUUAUCUAGCUGAAAUCUUUGUAGAAGCAUGGCAAAUGCAAAGCUUUUGGGAUCCUAGGGCAAAUAUGUACCCUUAGAUACUCUUAUUAGCCAUCCUAGCUCGUAGCAUCAUAUAAAAAAUGCAUGUAUUUAUAUAGAUAUUAACACAGCAAUCUCUCCAGAUAUAUUUUGAAGGUUGUUCUCUACUUAAUUGCUUUUUACUGUUCUUCCCAGUAUAUGCAGAGUCUGAAAUGUCUUUAUAU